AUUUUCUCAAAUGCCAAAAUCCUGAAAAAGCCUUGUUUUGUGUGGUGUGGCAAACACUGGGCCAUCGCAAGCCAACGAUCUUCCAUGUCCAAACACUGAAAUGGCGACCAUGUCGACGUGCUUGACCGUAGCUCCCACUUCUGGGCUCAGCUCACGCCCGCGGCUACUAUCCUACACGUGUUCAAGUUUUGCGAAGCCUCCGAAAGUGGCAUUCCCUUAUGCCAAUCCUAAGAGGGUUUGGGAUUCUAGGGUUUUGGUGGCGAGACCGGGGGGCAUAGUGGAAACCGAUAAGUUGGAUUCGGAUGUGAGGAAGCGAACAAUGGAUGCGGUGGAUGGUUGCGGAGGGAGAGUGACCAUUGGCGAUGUGGCUAGCAGGGCUGGCCUCAGCUUGAAUCAAGCUCAGAAGGCUCUCCAAGCUCUCGCUGCUGAUGCCGAUGGCUUCUUAGAGGUUUCCGAGGAAGGUGACAUUCUCUACGUGUUUCCUAAAGAUUAUCGAUCCAGGCUCGGUUCCAAGUCAUUUAGGAUUAAAGUUGAACCUAUUGUUGAAAAGGCUAAGGCCGCCGCAGAAUAUUUGAUAAGGGUUUCUUUUGGGACCGCGCUUAUUGCAUCCAUUGUUAUUGUUUACACUACAAUAGUUGCUCUUUUAACUAGCAGUAAAAGUGAUGAAGACAAUCGGGGAAGGCGUGUAGGCAGAUCAUAUGAUUCAGGGGUCACUUUCUACUUUAAUCCGGUUGAUUUAUUCUGGUACUGGGAUCCGUAUUAUUAUAGGAGGCGAAGGUUACAAACUGAUGAUGACAAAAUGAACUUUGUUGAAUCAGUCUUCUCCUUUGUAUUUGGAGAUGGCGAUCCCAAUCAAGGAAUUGAAGAAGAGAGAUGGAAGUUGAUUGGGCAAUACAUAGCAUCUAAUGGUGGUGUUGUUGCAGCAGAAGAACUAGUUCCAUAUCUUGAUAUAGAUUCUACAGAGGGACUUAAGGAUGAUGAAUCCUAUAUCUUACCUGUGCUUUUAAGAUUUGAUGGUCAGCCUGAAGUUGACGAGGAGGGAAAUAUUCUAUAUAGGUUUCCAUCUCUGCAGAGGACAGCUUCCCAAAAGGGUAAGAGGAAAGAAUAUGUUGGAAGGAGAUGGGCAGAUUGGGUUGGAGUUGAGAAGUUUUUCAAAGAGAAAAAAUGGCAAUUUAGUAAAACUAGCAAGUCAGAGAGAGCGAUGGUCAUUGGCCUUGGUGGCCUUAAUCUGUUUGGAGUUAUCAUUCUUGGAACCAUGUUAAAAGAUGUGGCAGUUGCACCUAGUAGCUUCAUUAAAUUUGUUGCCGACAUAUUUCCUCUUCUUCAGAUUUAUGCCGGUUCCUUCUUUGCAAUUCCUCUUGUUCGAUGGUUUUUUAUUCGGAAAAGGAAUGCUGACAUUGAAAAGAGGAACAAAGUUAGAAAGCAGUAUGCACAAGUUCUUGAAUUGCCUGAUACUUCACUGAGGCAGAAGCUUUUUAGUGCUCGGGACAUGGCCCAAAAGACGGUCAUAGGGCAGGAUCAAAUUGUGUAUAGUACUGACAAGGACUUGCUUGAACAAGAGUAUGAGGCUCGCGAAUGGGAUAAAAAGUUUCGGGAACUUGAGAGAUCUGAUUGAGAAGGGUAAACAGUCAUAAAGGUAAACUGCAUAAGUUCUAUUUGAAUGUAUUUAAUUUGUUACUUUGAUGGCAGUUGCAUUUUAGGAUUUGUUUGGCAAAAAUAGCAGGGUUGAAAGUUUACAAUUUUUUAGCUGAAAUCUAUUAGCUAAAAAAGAUGUAUAUAUAUUUACAUAGGAUGGGGAUGCACUUACUUUUGGAGCAAGUCUUGUUAAACUUAUUCUGUUCGAUAACAUUUUAUAGACAUUUAAUUUUGUUAAUCCAAUUUUAAAUUGAAUGGUCUU